AUGUAGUAGCCUGGGUAAAGAUACCCUUCUUUUGCUGAUCCAGUUUAGUCUUCUAGAUAGGUCAAUGAUAAUGCUAGUCCGUAUACCUCCAAUCACUCUAAUUAUUAGAGUGGUAACUUUUUAAAAAACAGCUAAAUGAGCAAUUACAAUGUUUAGAUGGUCUAGCCUAACUUGAAUGUUUAAAAUUAUUAAAGUGGAUUGAAUUAACAAAAAAAGAAUUAUAUUUAAGAGGUAAACAUAGAUAAAGAAACUCUCGCUAAUGACAGUUUAAAAGUAAGAAAGAUAAAGCUCUUUUCUUAAUACAAAGCUUAUGGCGGAAAUUAAAUAAAGUCAUCUAAGUACUAUGGAAUGCCUUUAUUCAUCUUCUAGGAUAUUUGGUUUUAAAUGCAUAAAUUAGCAAAUAUUUAUUUUCUUGUGAUUGCUUGUCUUUAAUGCAUUCCAGCUAUAUCUAUUUCAUAAGGGUAACCUGUUAUCCUUCUUCCAUUGAUAGUAGUUAUCUCUGUCAGUAUGAUUAAGGAUUAUUUUGAAGAUAGAAAGAGAAAAAAUGCAGAUAAAGAAGAAAAUAACAGAAAAAUUAAGGUUAUUGUAUCAUCUGAUGGCAUCGCCAAAGAUUAACUUUGCCAAGAUUUAGAAGUUGGUCACAUAGUCACUGUAGAGAAAGAUUAAAUUAUACCUGCUGAUUUGCUAAUUUUAGAGAUAGCAGAGUAGAAGAAAGAAUGCUAUAUUGAAACUAAAAAUUUGGAUGGUGAAACUAACUUAAAAGUCAAAGAAAUUCCUGAAGCAUUCCGUAAUACAAAAAGAUUCAUGUUUGAGCCAUAAAUUAAUGUUGGAAUAGAUUACAUUCCUCCUAAUAGAAACUUAGAAAGCUUCAAUGGAUCAAUCAUAAUUGAAGAAAAUGGAUAAAAUUAAACAGAUUUUAUUGAAAGCAAGCACUUAUUGCUUAGAGGAUGCACUUUGAGAACCACUAGUUGGAUCAAGGGAGUGGUUGUUUAUACUGGUAAUGAUACUAAAAUUAUCUUGAAUUCAUGUGAAAGUGAAUAAAAGCUAAGUUCUCUUGAAGAAAUGAUGAACAAAUUCAUUAUUGUCAUCUUCUUAAUUCAAAUAGUAAUCUGCUUUUGCUCAGGUAUUUUUGGAACUUUGUGGAUGCAAGAAAACAAGCUCAAACUAUCUUAUCUUCACUAUUCCUAGUCUUCCCUUGCUCAUAUUGGUGGUUUUGACUUUGCUGAGUGCUUCUAAAUCAUGGGAACAUGGACUUUGAUUUUUACUAAUUUCAUACCCAUAUCUCUAAUUGUCACUCUGGAAGUUGUCAAAUACAUUUAAGGUAUUAAUUUAGAAUCAGACAAAGAAAAUUAUCCUGAAUGCAGAGUCUAAUCAAGUAAUCUAAAUGAAGAGCUUGGAUAAAUAAAAUAUGUUUUCUCAGAUAAAACAGGCACUUUGACUCAAAAUUCAAUGAAAUUUAAGUGUAUCAGCAUUCUAGGAUAAAGUUAUGGUGAGGUAUAAGCUGCAGAAGCUAAUAGCAGAGACGAGUCGUAUAACUUCUUAGAAAAGACAUUAUAAAAUGUGGAAUGUGUUGAUUUUGCAGAUAGUUAUUUCACUAAAUAAAUGAUUAAAGGAGAAAACUUGGUCAAAUCUUAAAUAGAAAAAACUCUAACACUUAUGGCUUUAUGUCAUAAUGUUGUUCCCAUUGGACCUAUUUCAUAUAGUGGGCCUUCUCCUGAUGAAAUAUGUUUGGUUAGUUUUGCAUAAUCUUAAGGUGUUUAGUUUAUAAAAAAAGACGAUGACAGUAUUUUGUUUGUGUAAAAGUCAAUAAGUCAAUUUGGGCAAAAGACUAUUGAAAAAUAUAAAUUGCUUUACACUUUUGAUUUUAAUUCAGAUAGAAAAAGAAUGUCUGUCAUAGUUUAAAAAGUCGGACCCUUAGGUUUGUUAGAUGAAUACCUUUUGCUUACAAAGGGAGCAGAUAAUGUGAUGGAAACAAGGAUAACUUCAAAGAAAUAUGAUAUGAAUACUCAAAAAGAUUUAAUAAAAUAUAGCGAGUAUGGUUAUAGAACAUUAGUUUUGGCUUAAAAAGAGAUAACUAAAUCUGAGUUAUCUAUUUUCGAAUAAGAACUGACCAGGGCAAAGCUUCUCCAGUAGAAUAAUAAGCAAAUUAUUGAUGAUUUAUAUGAUAAAAUGGAGUAAUAACUUGAAUAUUUAGCUGUCACAGGAGUAGAAGAUAAACUCUAAGUAGACGUAGCUGAUACAAUACAAAGAAUUAAGGAAGCUUUUAUUAACUUCUGGGUACUCACUGGUGAUAAAGAAGAAACUGCCAUAAGUAUUGGAAAUGCUAUUAAAGUUAUUGGAGAUGAAGAAACAACUGUAAAAGUUUAAAUUUCUAAAUUAAUUAAAGAUUUUACCACAAAAAGCUAACUUUAGCAUCAGAAUUUAAAUCCAAAACAACUUCUUUAGUAAGCAAUUUAAGAGGCCUCUAACAUGAAAAAUAAGGCAAAGAACCCAAACAAUGAGGUCACUAAAAAAGUAGCAUUAAUUGUUAAAGGAGAUGACUUGAUAACUAUAACUAGCGAUGUGCAACUUAAGUAGGACUUUGUUAAAAUGGCAAUAGAUUGUGAUACAGUAAUUGCAAGUAGAGUUUCUCCACUUUAGAAAAAAGAAAUCGUUGACAUGGUAAGAGAGUUUCUUCCUGAUGUUUCAACCCUUGCAAUAGGAGAUGGUGCUAAUGAUGUUAGUAUGAUUAACGCAGCUCAUGUUGGUAUUGGUAUUAGAGGUAAAGAAGGUACACAGGCUGAAAGAUCAAGUAACUACGCUAUACCAGAAUUUAGAUAUUUAGGUCACCUUCUUUUUGAUUUUGGAAGAGAAUGUUACAGAAGAAAUAGUGAAUUAGUUUUAUACAAUUUCUAUAAAAAUAUGUUGUUGGUUUUGCCUCAGUGGUGGUUUGGUUUAUACAAUGGAUUUUCUGGUGUAACUUUGUAUGAUCCUUGGCUAUAUUAAUUGUACAAUACUUGCUUCACUGCUCUACCUAUUGUUGUCUAUGCUAUUGAAGAUAGAUAAUAUAGUUUGAAGAAGCUAUUAAAGUAUCCUCUAGAUUUCUAUGAGUAAGGCUAAACGAACAGACUAUUUUCUUUAAUGACCUUUUUGCAGAGCAUAUUUAAGGGCUUUGUUGAUGCUGCAAUAAUUAUGUUAGUUAGUUUCUUAUGUUUUGAAAACAUUACAUAACAUGCUGCUGGACAUAACUAACCAAGUCAUUUACCUUUCUUCCACAUGACGGGUAUGAUUUCCUUCGGAGCCAGUGUGCUUAUAUCGAAUCUAAAAAUUUUGAGUUUCAGUCACUCUGUUAGUUUCUUCUAAACUAUUUGUGUUUUUGGCAGCUACCUGUUUUAUCUGCUUUGCUAUUUUGCUUACUUAAAAUACUUCAAACUGGCUGACAUACAAAAUACUCUAAAGAUGUAAUUAUCUAGUGUCUACUUCUACUUUGUAACCUUUAUCCUUAUUGCAGCUACUUACUUUAUUGAUAUAGCAAUAUAUGUUUUCUCAACAAACGACUAUGAAUUAAAGUAAAUACGCAAGUAACAAAAAUAAAUGUCCAAAUCUAAAUAAGUGCACUAAAUUUGA